AUGGAUACCUCGCUAGUGGCUUCGAAAGCGGACCAAGCCGCCCACCCACGCCACAUGGAGCUGGACUACCAGAAAACUUCGCUGAAGUCGUCAAAGGCGUAUACAGAAGCAGUUUUCCUCUACCAGUGCAUCUCGACUCUAUUUCCCGGCUUAAUCUUAAGACCAUUAUUUGAUGAAGAGUGGUCUCGCGACUAUGGUGAAUUCAUCCAAGAAAAUGGAAUUAAAUCCUAUGUCAUCCCGAUUUUGGCGAACAAAAACCCACUGGUCUUCACUCCAUACGAGACUGUUAUUGAAGUGCUAAUGCUUAUUUUGAACCCAAUGAAUCAUCCUGUGUUAAUUCACUGCAACAAAGGCAAGCACCGAACCGGAUGCGUUAUCGCCUGCUUUCGCAGAGUUCAAGGGUGGUCUCUCAUGGCUGCCCUCCAGGAAUACCAGAAACACUCUACACCUAAGUCACGUGUACUGGACCGAAAUUACAUUGAGGGGUUCGACCCAAAUUCCCUCUCUGACCUUGUUGAGAAAGUGGGUGCUCGGAAAUGGCUUCCAACAAUUAUUCCAGUCGACAACAUCGGGAAAGACAGGCGCGAAAUAUCGCAAAUCAGCCAUGACGAAGAUCAAAUUCCAAAGGCUGAGAGUGCGCCUCCUAGCCACUUCAAUACAAGUUUAGAGGAGCUCCACAGGAUCAACUCCAUCUGA